GAAGAAGAAGAAGAAGAAGAAGAAGAAGAAGAAGACUCAACAAUAUGGGUGCUGUAACAGAUGAUGAAGUUAUACGAAAACGUCUUCUUAUCGACGGUGACGGAGCUGGAGAUGACCGCAGGAUCAAUUUACUGCUGAAAAGUUUCACCAAAUGGUGCAACUCGCCUGCUGGGACGCCAGAGGAAGGGUUCACUCAGUACCAGAGGAUGCUGGGGACUCUGGCUCAGUGCGAGUUCUCCAUGGGGAAGACUCUGACGGUUUACGACAUGAAUCUUCGCGAAAUGGAAAAUUAUGAGAAGAUAUACUCUAACAUAGAACACAACAUCAAGUCUGCACAUGAGAAGAUCACAGAAUGCAAAAAAGAAAUUCAGAGGGCAAAGAGAAUACGAAAAAAUCGCCAGGAAUAUGAUGCUUUAGCUAAAGUGAUCCAGAAGCAUCCUGACCGACAUGAAACACUCAAGCAGUUGGGGGCACUUGACAAAGAACUUCAACAUCUUUCUCACAUCAAAGAGAAUGUGGAUGCAAAGUUGGAAUUAAGGAAGAAGCAGUUCCAUGUUCUUCUUACGACCAUUCAGGAGCUACAGCAGACGCUAGAGAAUGAUGAGAAGUUGGACAGUGAUGACCACAGUCAGGAGAGUCCCAUGGAGAGCAAUGAAUGAACCUGGAAAGGGCUUGACUGAAACAGAUGGAGCUUCUAAAAUGAUAUCAAGUUAAAUAAUUUCCUUUUUGUAUGUAUUUUUGAAUAAAGUUG